UCAGUCCGGUCGCCAUGAUUCUUGUGCAGAUGUUUUCAGAGCUCAGACUGGGGAGAGAUCACGCUAAGCUAACGGCCUGAAGCUCUGCACUUAAAUCAGUUUCAAUGCACUCAUCGACUUUAUAGAGAUACCAGAGUCUCCAAGAUAACAUACGGUCUUGGGUUAUGGCGACCAAUGCCGGGGAUGAUGAGUUUGAUGAAUAUGAUAAGCCUGGUGCUGAAAGGUCAAGAAGACGGAGGGGAGAAGAUGACGACUUAGAAAGUGAUUUGGAGGAGGGAGACUUACUUGAAGAAGAUUGGCUGUCAUCAAAAAAGAACCCCUCAGAGCUGUCAGAUGAGGAGCUAAACGAUGACCUCCUACAAAGUGAUGAAGAGGACCAAAAUGCAAGUGGUCAGGGUGAGGUUGUGAGUUUGAAUGCCACACUGGGUCUGGGCACAUCUGGUAACCUUCAAGAUGAAGACCCCGAUGAAGGUGGAUAUACCGAAUACACCUAUGAAGAAACGGAGGGGGGCCAACCAGGUUUCUCCCAGGGUGCGGAGUAUGAGGGAGAUGAGUACCAAGGAGAAGAUGAAGGGGUGGAAUACACAGGAGACCAGAACUGUGAGGAAUAUCAAGAUGAAGUGCUGGACCUACAGAUUGACGAGCCACUGGAUGACGAUUUUCAAGUGGAUGAGUACCCGACUGAGUAUAGUGAAGAGCAGACUGACCAACAGGAAGUGCCUGAGAAGGAGGAGCAUGACGAGGAAAUUGAGGAGCAGGACCGUUCUCAGGUCACGGAAUUAGAAGAGGUGGAGAACGAAAACGAUCCAGAAGCUGAGGCCGAACCAGAUGCCGAUGUGAAGGAGGAGUCUGAUGAGGAAGAGGAAGAUAGUGAAGAAUCUGGCCGUCUGCGAUUCAAAACGGAGCGCAAGGAUGACACAGUAGUCAGAUUGUCUGAUGCCAGCAGUAAGAGGAGGAACAUCCCAGACACAUUAGAGCUCUCUGAUGCAGCUAAAGCAGACCUGCGGGAGUUUGAGGAAAAAGAACGUCAGAGAAAGCAGGGCCGUUUCGGAGGACGAGGGAGAGGAGGAGAUGGAGGGAGGGGAGGAAUGGCCGGGAGAGGAGGGAUCAGAGGAAGGGGAGGACCAGGAGGACGAGGAGUUGGAGGAAGAGGCGAUUUCCAUCUUUUUGGAAUGGGAGGUCUCCGUGGUGAUGGAGGUCGAGGAAGAUUAAAUGAGCAAAGGCCACCACUGAUGCAAGUGAACUUGGGAAUGCAGCAGCAGCUCAGAAUGACUCCUCCGCUUCAGCAUCACCACCACCAUCAGUCUCGUCUGCCUGGUCCAAGAGGCAGUGGAGGUCCUGGGCUAUUCCCAGAUCCGGGCACCCCGAUUCCUCAGCAGCCGCUGCAGCUGUUGAUGCCACGUCUGUCCCACCAUUCCCCAGGGCCCAGAACACAACAUGACACGCACAUACCACGGUUGCUGAAUUCACCGCCACGGCACUCUCACGGACACCCCAACCAACACCAGCAGCAUCAACAACAUCACCCCAAGAACAUUCACAUCAACCCUCACUUCAGAGGACCUUCCUCCUCGCCUGUGCAAGUUCCCUCGAUGCCUCCUGUGCAGAACCAACCGAGGCCUAACAUCGCUCCACAGAGACUCCCGGCUCCUCCUGAUUUCCAGCAGCAUCUCCAAGGGAAUUUUGGCCCACCUCAGCGCUCUCUGCCCCCCCAGGAGCAAUGGAGAGGACCACCACCACAUCAUCAGGAUCCAGACCACUUCUUCCCUGGUGAACCACGUUUUUCAGGCCAGCACAUGUUUGACCAGCCAGGCCCUGCCCCCCUCAUGAAUAAUAGUGUUCUUCCGUUAUCGGGGCAAGGCCCUCCAUCUUUCCCCCCACAAGGGGGGCUCGGAAGUCCUGGAUUUGGUUCUCUAGGGCUCGGGCAGAACCAAGGGCCUCAGGGAGGAGGUAUUUUCCAGAGAGAGCCCCUUCGGCCGGGUCUGGCCCCGCAGCAUGGAGGCCCUCCAGGCCCACCUGGUCCCCGUGGCUUUGUGGGUCACAGACAGCCCUUCUCGCCCCAACAGCAGGGACCCCCCUUUAGCCCCCAGCACAUGCCGUUUGGUAUGCAGGUACGCCAGAGAGGUCUAAUGCAGCAGCCCCUGCACCAUGAUCUACCACUAUCCCAUCAACCCUUGCACCAGCACCAGCACCAGCAACACAGACAAGACCUGCCCCCCCAAGGCCUGUCUCACUCCCAGCCUCCACCCCAACACCAACAGCACCUCCAACACCACCCAAGGGACCAACAUCCCAUGGUGCACCUCUCACAGCCCCACUUCCGCCAGUCGAUUCAGAGUGGCCAUAGACAGAUGCAGUCCCGACCACAAGGCAACCAGCAACGAAACAACCAUGCCAGACCCAAAAUGACGCCUCCUUCUCCACUGCAGCAGAUUCCUCCUCAACGCAACAGCAACCUCCGUGAGCUGCCCAUCGCCACAAGCAACAAUAACCGCCCGUCAGUGCCUAGUGGGCAAGCAAAGCCUGUUACCAGGGCAACACAGAAUGUUAGGCAAGGGCAGCCUGCUCGUGCUGGACCAGCAGGAAGGGGAGGAUCUGUGGCACAAGUGCAGGGAGCUGCCAAAGCGCCGGAGCAGCCCAGUGUGCCGGAGAUGAAGAAAGAGUGUCCAGCUGCACAGUCAAGCACCACUCCAGAGGACCCAGAUGAAGAUGAGGAGACCCGUCAGUACAGACUGAAGAUCGAGGAACAGAAGCGUCUGCGAGAGGAGAUCCUCAGGCGCAAAGAGCAGCGCAGGCAGAUGCAGGCCGGUAUGCGCAAAAAAGAACUGAUGGACCGGAUCAGCGGCCAGAACCCAAACCAGACUCCACAAACUCAGAACCCCACACAGCCCCCUGUAGUCCAACCCCCACAGCCGGUCCCUUCACUGAUCUCCAACGGCACCCCUCAGAACCCUUCGCCAUCUCUUAGUUCCCCUCGUCCAAAUGUAAAGGCCCGUCUGCAGAACACUAAACCUCAAGCACAGACUUCAGGCUGGCCUGGGCCGCAAAAGCAACAGAGCGCUGGUCCCGAUGCCAGCCAGCAGGGCCAAUGGCAACCACAGCAGAAGAGGAUCAUGACCCCACAAAACAUUCAAAGACAAGGUGCUGCUCAGACCAGCCCGUUAGAAGGGCCACUGGGUCAGCCUCAACCUGGGGGAAAGAGGACAGUGAUGCAAAGGACAAACAGCAUAGAAUCACCACAGGUUCCACAGAAAGUGCGAGUAGUAAAGCUUCUGGGAGAGCAGGCAGAUGCCUGUCCCAACACUGGUCCCCCGCAGCAGCAGCAGCAACAGCAACAACCAAUUGGUCGGCCUGCACCCCAACAGAGACUUGGUCCCAUCAGGAAAGUUACCAUGGCAACUGGUGGUGUACAAAAUCAACAACAGGCUGGCCGUGGCAUGGCAAACCAAACGAACCGGGUGGUAGUUCGGGGUCGAGCGCGUGGACGUGGUGGGGGGCGUGUGAUGAUGCAGCAGAACCCAAGAGCCCAGGACUGUCUGAGAAGCACUGUCUGCAUUGAGGGUUUAUCCACCACCACAACCAACAAACAGCUCAUGAACCUUCUCAACUCCAUUGGCCCUGUUGAGAUGUUUACGAUGUUGCCAGAGCAGCGGAAGGCCAUUGCCAAGUUUGUGAACCCACAGCAUGCAGCGAGUUUUCAGCACAGCUUUCACAGGCACAUGAUAGAUUUGUCUCACAUCGAUGUUUCCAUUAUUGACGGCUGAGGAACAAGUCAGUUCAACAGACAAGACGACGAGAAGUGAGCAAGAAGAGAACGUCUUUUUCUGAAAGACAGACGCACAAUCAGAAGGCCUAAAGCUUUGGAAGCUGUGUGGAGAGUGCCGUCGACAAACUCAAGCCACAUGCAUGAAAGAAUCAAAAACAAAGAGCCAAACACUAGCUGUGUCCUGCUGGAUAUGGCACAGCAUCGAACUCAUGUUGUGAACGACUUUGGCAUGAAGUCUCGCUCUUGUUUCUGUACUUUCAUUUGUAUAUGGAGUAAUCAGUACUGAUCUGAACCAGCAGGUGAAAAGAGACAGAGGUAUGAAACAGGACAUUUUUAUGCCAGUUGAUAAUAGUUGCUCCCAUUCUCUAGCUCUCAAGAUAAUUAGGAAAAUUCUUGGUCAAAUAGGAAUUCUUGAUUUAUUGUGGAAUUUCCACAAUCGUUGACUUGAACAAAGUGUUAAAUGGGUGUUUGGGGCUGAUUUAAAAAAAAAACAAAACAAAGGUUGUGUAUGCUGCAGUUGGUUUUGUCACCUGUAGAGGGCAGCAGAUGUCUUCGGUAUGGAGCUCUUUGUGUUGGGGCAUAGCUAAGGACAUCAGAGUGAAAAGCACUGCUUGGUAGAGAUGUUGAAGUGCUGUUAUGGAUUUCAGGGGCAUGUUUGGGUUCAUUUAUGUAUCUUGGAAGCCGCUGUGAUAUUGCAGGUGUCUCAUUUUUGGGCCAUUUUCUACGCCUACUCGUGAUCUUAAGUUUUGUCCCUUUCGUUAUUAUAUUGCAGUUGAUAUUUGUUCUGCCGAGCUGAAGUGGUGGUUCAUGACGUGCGUCUUUGUGACCUAAAGAUGGAUGAAAAUCAAACUAACAAUAAAUGGCUUUUAUACUUUGGUUUUAGUUUUUGGUGCUGGAGUUGCAUAUUUAGAUUAUUUUAAUUGUUAGAAAUGACUUGUAAGAGUAUUAAAGGCAACCAGAAAGUCUCCACCUUUGGUAAUACUCCUUUUUAAUGUGUUUAGUUUUCUUUCCUCAGAGUUCAGCACAUGUGUAUGUAAGAGGAUGACUGAAUCAUGGCCCGUGUGAUGAUUCGGUAGGAUUUUAUUGUAGGUUUUGAUGAAGCUGUUUGCUAGAUCACUAGAUGCAUUUAUGAAUGGUGAAGAGGUCAGAACUAUCCUGUUUACAGCAACCGCUUGGUUAUUUGUUUGUGUAGAGAGGUAUUUUGGACUAUUUGUAAUUAUAUGCUUAUAACCUUGGCUCAGUUAAUUGUUUGGUUAGACGGGAAUACAGGUUACUGAAUCUGAAUUGUGAGUAGUUAUGGAUAAGGACUGGUCAAAAUCCUCUUCAAGUAUCCUUCUAAAGUCUGUUAUCUCAAAUUCCUGCUUUAUUUUUCCAUUUAUUUUAUCUAAGCUUUAGAUUUUUGGUUAGUGGAUCUUUUUUUUGUUGUUGUUGUUUUUACACAAAUCCCAUACAUCUCCAGUAAAUAUAAUAAACUCCCUCAAGAUGAUUUCAUGGCUUAAAUCAUGAGAGAUUUCACACCUUCAAUUGUUCCUAUUAUAUAAUUAUUUUUAUAUUGUUAAUAAUAAUAUUUGCAGUACUGUGCAAGCAUAGUGCUUGAUGUCUAACUGUACAGCUUAAACGUAACUGUCACGUUAUGGCCCCAGAACUGGUCUUAGAUCUAGUGCACAGUUUUCACAUUUAAUCCAAACGCUUUACAUUUAUACGCUACUCGUGUAGCAAAAAGUCUUGUUAUAGUAUCUAAAAUAUCUCCAUUUUAGAUAAUAUAACAGUAUAGCAAAAUCUAAUCAGAAAUUAUGUUUGAGCCAUUUCAGUUAAACUAAAAUAUGUCUGUAGAUAUUAACACGUCUAGGUCUGCAAUUUCAAAGGAUUUGGGAGCAACUGUUAUCAGUGGUCACUUUCUUGUAUAUAAUGAAAAAAACAAAACAAAAAUGUGUAUGAAGAUGUCAAGUCUGUUGUUUUCUCAUCUUGAAAUCUUUCCAUGUUUGAAAUGGUUUGAAAAUACUAGUACGUGACAGGUGAAUUUCUUUUCUCGAUUUGUUUUUAUAUAUAUAUCAAUAUAAAACGUAUUCCUUGGUCAUUUUACAACCGUUUUGUUAUUGGAGAACUUAGAGCUUAUUAUUUGAGGAUAUUUUAAAGAUGAAAAAUAAAAGAUGGUCACAUAUAUACCAUGUAAAUACGGGUAUGUGAAGCCAACUGUCUUUAUCACAUUAACUGUUGUCUGAGGUUGUUUUGUGUUUGAAGAAUUUCUCUUGCAUCCUAAAUGAUGUGUUUUACAACGUACUCAUUUCCCCAAUUUCCUCCAUCCUCCUGAAUGUUUCUCUGUUGCCACCCAUACAAACUGAUUUUAGGGGGAAAGUUUUUGUUUCUAACUAAGGUGCAACAGUUUCUCUCAAGUCAGGUGAAUUGAAUCAUCUGUUACGGUUCUAAUGCUGUCUAUGAAGUUAAUUUGUAAAGCUGCUACCCUUCCACACCCUGUUGUUUUAAGAUGCACUUGUAAUUUGCUGAUAUACCAUCUUCUAUUAUAAUAUAGUAGUUGGGUAUGCUUAAUCACAGUACAUUAUUUGUCUAUAUGUUUGUGUUAAACCAUGAGUUUAUAGGAAUUACAGAAAUACAUGGGUAAGAUUAUGAAUAGUGUUAUAAAUUACAUAUGGAUCCACUUAAAAUAUAUAAGCUAAGCUUUUUUUAUUUUGUUUAUGUUACCUUUGAUUUUUCUAGACAUGUUCUGUUUAGAAUUGGCGUAGGGCACAGAUUUGUUUUUUUAGUUGUGGAUGCACACGUUUAUUUAUUUAUUGAUUUUGAAUGUAUUUAUGUAAAAAGAGUUAAUCCUAUGGAUUUAAAAUGUUUCAUCUAGUCUAAGCGACUUUAAUAUUUCUAAGUAUAAAUCUUAUAAGACAUAAUAUAUCUAACUGUCUUAUAAGAAAGAGAAAACUGAUUCAUAUUGAAGCUUUGAGUAACUUCACUGUAAGUGUAGAAUACCUUUGGGGAAACUGUCCGUUUCUGAACUGUAAUCACACAUGUGAUAAGUUUUUAAAAGAUUGACGUAUUUGUCUUUUGGCAGAUAUUUUUGACAAGCUGUAUAGAGCAAAAUAAUGGAAGAGGUAUUAUGUGGUAGAAUCAAGAGUAGGCUAAAGGUUUACUUUUUUGUUGGUAUGUUUUUGUUGAAUCUUGUUUUGUUUUUUCAUUUCUGUCAAUUGCAAGUGGCUGGUACACUCCCACUGUUUCAUUUUAUUUCUUUUUUUAAACCAUGGAUCCUGCUGUAGCUAAGCAAAUUGGCCAUUUUUUUAAAUUAGCCAAAUACCAAUAUUGCUUAUUGCUUCAAGAUUAGAUCUUUAACAGUACUUUUAUUCCUUACAAUGAUAUUUGUGGCAUUUUUCCCCCAAAAUACAGGGGAAAAAAUGUUGACACUUUUAAGUACUGGUGCUUGUUUUGUAUAAUCAUUUUGCCUUAUUUUACUCACUGAUUUAAGCGUCAGAGCACUACACUGCUUCCCGUUGGCAGCAGUUUGAUUAUUUGUAACUUGUAAUUAAACCAUUUUUUCUCUUUUUCAGGACAGAGCUUCCAGGAGCACAGAAAGGAGGGUUUUUCAUAAAACAAAUUCUCAGCCCCCAUUUUCAUUCUGAGAUGGCAUUGGUUUUCAAAAGGACUUUUUAGAAUUGUACAGAUUAUGUUGAACUCCAAAAGAACUUAAAGGGUUUUUUGGUGUUGUAGUAGCAGAUUGUUUGAAGUAAUACUUACAGAGAAAUUCUGUGUAGCUGUUUUAUACAUUAGUGUUGGAGUCGUUCUGUGGCAAGAUUGAGAGUUGAGAGAUUUUUCGCAAAGUUAUGAUUGCAUAUGUGACCCUGGACCACAAAACCAGUCGUAUACGGGUAUAUUUGUAGCAAAAGCCAAGAAUACAUUGUAUGGGUCAAAAUGAUACAUUUUUCUUUUAUGCCAAAUAUCAUUAGGGUAUUAAGUAAAUAUGUUCCAUUAAGAUAUUUUAUAAAUGUUUCUACCGCAAAUGUAUCAAAACAAUUUUUAAUUAGUAAUUUGCAUUGCUAAGAACUUAAUUUGGACAAACUUUUCUCAAUAUUUUCAUUUUUUUAUUUUAGAUUCUAGAUUUUCAAAUAACUCUAUCUUGGCCAAAUAUUGUCCUAUCUCAACAACCCAUACAUCAAUGGAAAUCGUAUUUAUUUAGUAUAUAAUUCGGUUACACUUUAUUUUGAUAGUCCACUUUAGACAUUCUACUAACUAGAAGUAACUUUGCAACUACAUGUCUACUAACUCUUAGAGCAGGUUUAGGGUUAGUAGAAUAAGUUGACAUUUUUAGAAGAGUGUUAGAAGAUAUUAAGCAGACAGUCUACUAAUACUCUAAUGACUAGUUGACAUGCAGUUGCAAAGUUACUUACUAGUAGUAGAAUGUCUAAAGUGGACUAUCAAAAUAAAGUUUUACCUACAAUUCAUGUAUAAAUCAUCUCAAUUUCAAAAAAUUGACCCUUAUGACUGGUUUUGUGGGCCAGGGUCACAAGAGUAUGAUAAAACAAUUGUGACCUGAUGAGAUUGUGUUUUGAGAAUAGUUAUAUAUAGUCACACUAGCAAACACCCAUUGCUGAUGUCAUAAAAUAUGUAAAGUCUACAGAAUGGCAGAUUGUUUUUGAUUUCAGUUUUGCUCCGUGCUCUCUUGAUCUGGUGCAGAAUUCAUUUUAACUCGGCCAGACUAUCAGGUUUAUGGCUUCUAAGCAAACCUUAGAUUUUGUGCCUUUUAUGUUAGAUUUGCGCCCUGUGUAUUAGCUUAGGGUAAUGAUUGACUGAAGGUAGAAGUGUUUAUACCUCAUACGUUCCCAUACCUGCAUCCUACUGCUGUUCUCUUGAAUUCUGGUCCAGACUUGAACUACUUGCAUUAAAUCAAGGAGACCUCUAAAACGUCCAAUAUCAAUACUACCAGCAGCCUACUGUACUGUGUUGAGCUUUUUAGAAAUAUGUUCUGUAUAGAUUCUGGUGGUAGUGAUAGAGAAGUAUUAAAAUGUACAGUGGUCAACAUUUGAAGUGGAUAAAAGUUCAUCCAAAAGUUGUCCUAAGACAAGAACGGGAAUUGUUUUGGUUUUAGAACGACUUCGAUGAAAGGUUUUGAUCCACUUCAAUUGUUGACAACGAUUUUUUGUGAUAAAACGUUUUUAUUGAAUUUCGAGUGACAGUCGACAAAGAGUGAACAAUGCUUUUGAAAACCACUGCAAAUGCAAAUCAGACAAAAACUGAAAUAUCAAACUGCUAUGAAAACCCCUCCUUUUGGUUUCAGUUCCAAAUAAUGUCAUGUCUGUCUACAGUAGAGCUGCCUCCAGAUGAUGCUAACUUGUCUUAAUUUCUCAACAGGUGCCAGAUAUGCCUUCUCUCGUGAUUUUCCUCUCUUUCUUUCUCGCUGUCUCUCUCAAUGAUUUUCAUUCCCCCUCUCUCUCUUUGACUGGCUCUUUCUUUGCUGUUUGAGGCUGGAUGGGAACGCGCUUGUUAAUCUGAAUGUGGUGUUUGUGUGAACAUAAUCCUUCUGUAUUAAAGCAGGGGGACCUUGCUUCUGGAUUUCCUUUCUGUAUUAGCCCACGUCCGUGGAAGUUUUGCGUCUGUGGGACCACACCCUACUGAGUUCCAAAGUUCAAAACCUUGCACAAAGCCCAAGAAUGAUCUGUACACUCUUGCCAGCUAUACACACGUUGUGUUGUUGGAUGAAAAGAAAACAUUACUUGGAAAUCAUUAUUGUAUGGGGGGAAGUGAUUUAUGCUGUUUUGAGCGCCGUUUUGUUGUCCCUCGCUCUUGUACUAAUGAAACUGUUUUGUGUCUGAAAUGUGUACGCCAGACUGUCCUACUUGUUGAAUUGGGAAGAUUAUAAAUGGUGUUUGUUUAGUAACCUUUGACGGAGCUUGUCAAAUGAAAACCGAUAAUAUGUCUUGACUGUACUUGUAAUGAAAGAUUGCUUGAAAUAAAUCCUUUGGCUGGAUUUUA